CGCCCGACAUCCAACAAAGAAGACGGAGAGUUUCCGGUUGCUGUGACGUCGAAAAUAUUUUCGCAUUUUAACAUAAACUGAUCAAAUUAACUGGUCGAUUGAUUGUUCUGUAAUGCUACUCAUAUGAUAUGGCUGUAGCUGUAGCAGUAGCAAUGAGCUCGACCUGUCCUGGGCUGUACUGUGGAAGAACCAUCAUAAACGAGUCCAUUGAAGGAGAAUGUGGGGUUUGCCCUCGUGGCCAGAGGACAAACAUCCAGAAGAUUUGCGAGAAAUGCACUGGAUCUCCUGAGCUAUAUGAUUGGCUGUACUUGGGUUUCAUGGCCAUGCUGCCUCUAGUCCUUCACUGGUUCUUUAUUGAGUGGUAUUCGGGGAAGAAAAGUUCCAGUGCACUUUUCCAGCAUAUCACUGCCCUGUUUGAGUGCACGGCUGCUGCUGUAGUGACUCUGCUGCUCAGCGAUCCUGUUGGCCUGCUAGCCAUUCGCUCCUGUAAGGUUAAGAUGCUUUCUGAUUGGUACACCAUGCUGUACAACCCCAGCCCUGACUAUGUGACCACACUGCACUGCACGCAGGAGGCCGUGUUCCCUCUGUACACCAUUGUGUUGAUCUACUACGCCUUCUGUCUGGCCUUUAUGAUGAUGCUGCGGCCUCUGUUGGUUAAAAAGAUUGCGUGUGGUUUAGGCAAGACGGAUCGUUUCAAAAGCAUCUACGCAGCGCUCUAUUUCUUCCCUAUUCUGACUGUACUCCAGGCUGUUGGGGGAGGUCUUCUAUAUUAUGCAUUCCCUUUUAUUAUUUUGGUCUUAUCUUUGGUCACCUUGGCUGUUUAUAUGUCCGCUUCGGAGAUACAGUCUUUCAAAAACCUUGUCGCUAAGAAGAAAAGGCUUGUGGUUCUCUUCAGCCAUUGGCUUCUGCAUGCCUAUGGUAUCAUCUCAAUUUCCCGACUGGAUAAACUGGAGCAAGAUUUGCCUCUGUUGGCUCUUGUGCCUGGACCUGCCCUAUUCUACUUACUGACAGCAAGGUUCACAGAGCCAAACAGAAUUCUAUCUGAGGGUGGAAAUGGACACUGAUGUCAUAUACUUUUUAGGAGGCUCACCUCUACCAUGUUACAAUGACGGUGCAUAGACUUGUAAUUUAAAAAGACCUUUGGCACGGACACCAAAGAGCCAUAAAUGAAACAUUUUGUCAUUGCUCAUGGAAUAGUAUGUAGCCAUGAAGUUUGUGUUGUGUAUGCUGCUCUUACAUUGUGAAUAAGGAUGCUUUAUUGUUCUUAAAAUAAAACAAACUACAGAGACAUAUGGUGGCAUAGAGAACAUUUGUGAAGUAUGCUCUUUUUUUUUUUUUUCUCUUUGGAACUUCAAAUCCUGCUUUCCAAACAUGUUCCACAAUAGUGCUACACAUGCACUUGCUCAUAAUUUUGGAAAAUGUAUCUGUAAAUUUUGGUAACUGAAAGAUAAAUAUUUUUUGUUCAGAUUUUGGUACUUUGAGAUAUAUUUUCAUGAAUGGAUAAAAAUGUACAAUGUGACGGAUGAUUUGUUUGUGUUAUAUGAAACAGCUGGUCUGUGAAUUUCCAGAGUGCCCUGAAGUUACUUUAUUCAAAAGAUGUAAAACUUUUCUGUGCCAUAAAUGUAGUUGUAUUUCCCUUUUCCACGUGCAGUUUACCAAUGUUAGCUUAACACUAUAAAAUCCAUAUUGUAUGACAAAAAUCGUAUUUGCAUGUGGAGUUAUAUGAACAUACGUUUUGCUGCUGCUGAAGUACUGUAAAUCUGCCUACACAUUGUAUUGUGAGAAUUAUUCUAUAUUGUUUUUAAAGUUCUCUAGACUCUGAUCUUUGCAACUUGACAAGAUUUAUUGUUUUUACGUAUAUUAAAAUGGAAGUUCUACAAAUACAUGUGGAAUAAGUUAAUUGAGAUGUUUUAAACAGAACAUUUUAUGUGAUGUUUUACACAUUGGUCGUGUUAAAUCAAAGACCAUAAGAUCUAUAAAAAUGUAUGUUUGUCACCCGUGUUUGACUUGUUAAAUAAAGUAUUGUGACA